CAGACUGCCUUCCAGUCUCCAACAUGCUUCCAUCUCGCGAGCGGCGAGAAUCAGCCAAGAGUUUCCUGUGAGUAGCUGAUAAUAUCGUCUCUGCGACAGGAAUUUGGUGUUUGUGUGUCUCAAGGGUCGAUGUUGAGGCUUCCUUUCUGUGAAGGAUGGUGGUUCGUUACCAAUAAAUAACCAAGGGAGAAUCGCACACCUGGCCUGAAAACAAGUCGAGGAAGUUGUGCAUCAAUAUGAGGGGAAUUGCAUGUCUCUUGUUUUCACUGAUCCUUUUAAUCGAGUACGGAUCUGGAAAAUCACUCGAAAGCGCUCCCGUCCAUGGACGGGAAAAUAUUGGAGGCAACUUGGAAGAAAUAUGCUAGUUCUGAAGGCAAAAACUGAAGAACUUGCAAAGCAAAUCUCACAACUGAAGUCUGAAAAUGAGCAUCUGGUCAGCCUCAGGGACGACUACAAGAUAUUGAAGCAUGACUUUGAGAACAUGAGGCACGCUACUGGGAAGCUGGGAAAUGACUGCGAGAACAUGAGAAAAGAGCACGAAAACCUCAAGUCUAGCUUCCAGGAACAUAUCUUGGAAAGAGACAAACUUCAGCUUCAACUGAACACCACGGAAGGAAGACUCCAAUACCUGGAGGCCAUUAGCCUGCAAAUAACUCCCCGAACUUGUCAGACGCUAGCAGACUUGGGAGUGACCCGAACAGGAGAAUACUUCGUGGAUCCUGACGGAGUUUUGAUCGGCGAUGCACCCAUCAAAGUGAUCUGUGAUAUGGAGACAGAUCCUGUGGCCACAAUUGUCCUCCAUGAUUCCAUGGGAAACACUGCGAUCGAUCGAUGUGCUGAUCCUGGAUGCUACAACCACAGCAUAAAGUAUGGUUCACCGAUGAAACAGAUGGUGGCAUUGAUCCAACAUUCGAAGUCUUGUGAACAGUAUAUCAGGGUAUCCCCUGAGGUAACAGCCACAUGGAUUGAGAUUGGGGGAAAUGGUGGUCAUACCAAUCCACAGCUGUGGAUCUCAGGAUAUCUGUAUGACUGUUUUUCCUCGGCCCUCACAACUGGAGUCAUACACUAUGCAUGGUGGGUGGACCGUCACGGCGAACCACAAUACUACUGGGACGGGUCAAAAGCAGGACAUCACAAAUGCAGCUGCGGUCUCUUUGGCAACUGCACAGACACAAACUUCCCUUGCAACUGUGAUGCAAAGCCCCCUCAUUGGGAAUCAGACUCAGGAGCAAUAACGAAUGCAACAGCAUUACCAAUAACCGAGUUGCGCUUCGGUGGACUACAAUUUGAGGGGCAGAAAGCGAAUUACACAUUGGGUGGAUUGACUUGCAAAGGCAAGAUUCCGCCCCCGAAAAACCCGGCUCAAUCCUGUUCAACUCUUCGCCAAGUUGGAAACGCUCACCCUGGCUAUUACAUGGUCAACUCCAAGAAGGGUCGCUUGGAAGUUGUUAUGUGUAGGAUGGAUUUGGAGGAGACCGAAUCGAAGUUUCAGGUAGAGACCAACGCACGAAUUGCUGGGGUAGGUUUUCUCCAUGGAAAGGUUACUCCACCGGAUAAUCCAGCACAAUCCUGUUCAACUCUUCGCCAAGCUGGAAACGCGCAUCCUGGUUAUUACAUGAUCGACUCCAAGAAAAGUCGCUUGGAUGUUGUUAUGUGCAGGAUGGAUUUGGAGGAGACAGACCCGAAGUUUCAGGUGGAGACUAGUGUACAUGUUGCAGGGGAAGGUACUGUUUCUCUCAUAGAUGUCCAAUCAACUACUUUUCAUCUGCUAAAACAAGACGCGAAACUGUGGCCUCUGGCUGGAACUAGGAAGGAUGUAGUAAAUGCGAUGAACGCGCGGGUUUGCGGCUCCAUUUGCCAUUCCCUUGGAAUGAUUUGCAAUGCCUUCAACUGGUAUCCAAAAAAUUUCACCUGUGAGUUCGUGAACAUCCUAAGCGCCACGUUACAAGAUGCCCCUGGUGCGAUGGUCUAUAUCAGUGCCUUUGUAGAAUUCAAUGUUUGCCAGACACCUCCUCCUUCGAUGGAGAAUCGAACGAUGAAUUUCUCGUACGGAUGGAAUGGCAUCCUCCCGGCGCCCUUGCUCUCCGAAGUCUCGUAUGACUGCCCGCGCCAUUCCCGUUGUCCACCUCCUCUACCUCUCAAGGCCAAAUGCGUUGGCUUCAACAUGUGGAAAAUCCUGAAUCAAGACGUCACGCCGCCCUGCCCGGGAAGCGCUCCUCUGGCACAAGGUUACAAGUUCUUUCAAGAAGAUGGUCGGUUUUACAAGUACUACGAGAGGGGAAUGAAUUGGACCGAGGCGAGUCAGGUCUGCUGCCUGGAUGGGGCCCGACUCGCUUCCGACACGAGCCCCACAGUCUACAAAGCAAUCAGAAGUGUCGCCCCCGACACCAAUCUGCGGAUCUGGCAAGGCGCCACCGACGAACUCGUGGAGGGCACGUGGAUAUACGAAGACCCAAAUGAGUCUGAAUCCAGCACAUUUGGUCUGCAUCAUUAA